CCGAGGCUAUAUUAGGCCAACGUUGGCACAGGGCUCGAGGAGGGUCAGAUAAUCUGUUCCAACAACUAAAGAACGACAUCGCUCGCUCUGCCACGUCGCGCGACAGAGACAUUAUUAAUUAGUUCCCACUUUCUAUUGCUAGUGCCCGCCCUUUCCACAUGUUGCCCUUCUCCGUCCUUUCCUUUCUAAGCUUCGCUUCCCUGUCUCUAAUGGCUCCCCAUAUAAAACUAUUUAUGCCGUUAAAAAGCUAUUAAAGAAGGUAACUAACAUUAAUGAUCAUGCAAAUAAAAAAUGUGAAUCUAACAAUGGGGCGUAUCUCUCUCCGUUUAUUUUAUAAUAAUUCCUCUUCUUUUCUCUUCUCUCCGUCAUCACCCCCAUUACCAUGUUCUGGAACGAUCCAGUACUAUAAAAGAAGGCUAGUACCGCAGUGCAGUAUCGUCACCCCGUAUUGUGGAUCCGGCCAUGGAUUCGCUGCGGAAACCGAAGCAUUCGUACGGCGGGUCGAGCAGGUUUUCGUCCUCGUCGAGGGCCCCGUCGUUCGAGCACGCGCAAGAGGAUCGCCCGAUGCUCGUCGACGACCACCACCGCGACGAGGUCGUGGUGAAGAUCGACGGGAACAGCCGCAGCCCGUUCGACCCGCCCACCCCUUCCUCCACGCCGAAGAGCGAGCCCGCCCCCAACGCGAACUUGUGGAGAGAGGGGAGCUACGAUUUUUGGAGAGAAGCAGCAGCAGCAGCAGCAGGAGGAGGAGGUAAUGGUGGCGGGGGUGGGGGUGGAGGAAGCAAUGGCUUCAGCUUCAGGAAUCGUCAUAACCAGAAGCAGGGCCCGAACCUGAACCCGGUGGCGGAGAGCGGCGAGGACCCGCCGUCGCGGCUCAUCAGCUCGUUCCUGCGGAAGCAGCGGGCGUCCGGGGCGGAGGUGUCGCUGGAUAUGGACAUCGAGACGGACGAGCUCAGGAAGCAGCACAACUCCUCGUCUUCGCGAGAGUACGUCUCGCUGGAGAACUCCUCCGCUUGUAAACCCUCGUCGUCCUCUACCUCCACUUCCGGCUCCUCCUCCGACAACGAUGAGGUCGUCGGCGAGCACCGCAGCGAUCAUAAUGCCGCCGCCGCCGCCGCCGCCGCCGAGGCCGCCGCCGCCUCCGAGGCCGCGGCUCAGAGCUCGAACCGCGAGUUCCGGCGCAGCCCCUCGCUCGCGCGCGUCAAGACGCGGUCGAGGUUGCUCGACCCCUCGCCGCGCUCUGCGACGCCGGCGAACAGCACCAACAGCACCAACAUCAAGAGCAACGACAACGAGAGGAGGUCGGAGCGAACGCCGAAUAAAUCGGGGAUGAUGCGGUCGGGGAUGCUCGGCAACGAGGAAGACGAGGACGACCCGUUCUUGGACGACGACAUCCCCGACGAGUUCAAGCGCGGCAAGAUCGGCGCGCUCACCAUCCUCCAGUGGCUGAGCCUCCUCCUCAUCGUCGCGGCUCUCGUGUGCAACCUCGCGAUCCCCGUUCUCCAGGACGAGACGCUGUGGCACCUCCACCUGUGGAAAUGGGAGCUCCUCGGCUUCGUCCUCAUCUGCGGCCGCCUCGUCUCCGGGUGGUUCAUCCGCGUCGUCGUCUUCUUCUUCGAGCGCAACUUCCUCCUCCGCAAGCGCGUGCUCUACUUCGUCUACGGCGUGCGCAAGGCCGUGCAGAACUGCCUCUGGCUCGGGCUCGUCCUCCUCUCCUGGCACUUCAUGUUCGACAAGAAGGUCGAGCGCGAGACGCACAGCACGACCCUCCCCUACGUGACCAAAGUGCUCGUCUGCCUCCUCAUCGCCACGCUCCUCCGCCUCGUCAAGACGCUGCUCCUCAAGGUGCUCGCGUCGUCGUUCCACGUGAGCACCUACUUCGACCGGAUUCAGGACGCUCUCUUCAAUCAGUACGUCGUCGAGACGCUCUCGGGGCCGCCGCUGAUCGAGGCGCAGCAGGAGCAGUACGAGGAGGACCGCAUGAUGGCCGAUCUGCAGAAGCUCCAGAACGCGGGGGCAACCCUGCCGAACGACCUCAAGGCGGCCACGCUUCCCAACAAGAGCGGGCAGGCGGCCGGGGUCGGCGGGCAGGGCGGCGCUGUGCCGAAGAGCGGGCAGAUCGGGGGCAUCAAGCUCUCGUGGAGCGGCGGGUCGAAGCAGCAGCAGCAACAGCAGGAGCAGCAGCAGGAAGACGUGAUCAGGAUCGAUCAGCUGCACAAGCUCAACCAGAAGAACAUAUCUGCGUGGAACAUGAAGAGGCUGAUGAAGAUGGUGAGAUACGGCACGCUGACGACGCUUCACGAGAAGAUACCGCAGGCGACCGGCGGGGAGGAUGAUUCGACUAUGAAGAUAAGGAGCGAGUACGAGGCGAAGGUGGCGGCCAGGAAGAUCUUCAAGAAUGUGGCCCGGCCUGGUAGCAAGUACAUCUACUUGUCAGAUUUGCUGCGUUUCAUGAGGCAAGAGGAAGCUGAAAGGACUAUGAAUCUCUUUGAAGGAGCAAAAGAGAAGGACAGGAUUAGCAGAAAGUGCCUCAAAAACUGGGUGGUCAAUGCAUUCAGAGAACGCAGAGCUCUUGCUUUGACACUUAAUGAUACAAAAACGGCUGUAAACAAGCUCAACAAUAUGGCCAAUGUCGUUGUGGGCUUUAUUGUUUUUGCUCUAUCACUUCUCAUUCUGGGCCUUGCAACAACCCAUUUCUUUGUUUUUCUUAGCUCUCAGCUUCUUCUGGCAGUUUUUAUGUUCGGGAAUACGUUAAAGACUAUCUUUGAGGCUAUAAUUUUCUUAUUUGUGAUGCAUCCAUUUGAUGUUGGUGAUCGUUGUGAGGUGGAAGGAGUUCAGUUAGUUGUCGAGGAAAUGAAUAUCAUGACCACAGUCUUUCUGAGAUAUGACAACCUCAAGAUUUACUUCCCAAACAGUAUUCUUGCUACCAAACCAAUCAGCAAUUACUAUCGCAGCCCAGAUAUGGGAGACGCAAUCGACUUCUGUGUUCAUGUUGCUACACCAGUGGAAAAGCUUGCUGUCAUGAAAGAAAGAAUAUUAAAGUUUAUGGAGAGUAAGAAAGAACACUGGCAUCCAAACCCUAUGAUCGUUCUGAGAGAUGUGGACGACAUGAACCGUUUGAAAAUAUCAAUCUGGAUGCAGCACCGUAUCAAUCAUCACGAUAUGGGGAUGAGGUUCCAGAGGAGAGAGCUCGUGGUCCAGGAAAUGAUCAGAGUGUUAAGAGAGCUAGAAAUCGAAUAUCGAAUGUUGCCUGUUGAUUUGAAUGUCCGGCAGAUGCCUCCCGUCAACUCCGCACGAUUACCUUCCACCUGGUUGACUUUUAACUAAUACAGUGAUCUCGCACCUCGUGCUUCCAUUUAUAUAUAGUAUUUGAUAAUUCCCGUGGAUCGAGUUUUAAAGUUGCCUAACCGAUGAACUACUGAAGUCUUGACUGGAAGCAAACCCGUGAGAAUGGGUUCUGAUUGUGAAUGCUCACUAGCUUUGUGACGAGAAUGAUCCAGAAUAGCAAUCAAUUUGAAGCAGCGGCAAUAUAACUUCAUGCGGAGCGAGACAUUUGUACUCUGUACUCUUUUGAGUGUAAACUAGGAAGCAUCAAGGAUAAGCCAGACUGUAUAGAGCACCGGUCAACAGAAACAGGCUUGUAUUUAUCCUUUUUCGAUGCAUCAAAUAGAUUCUAUAUAUAUAUAUAUAUAUAUAUAUAUAUAUAUAGAAAGGAAGCAGUCUACAUAUAUCUUAUGUAUAAAUUGUAUGAUGGAAGUUUAAAGAUUUUCAUAUAUAUCUGCCAUAGGAAGAUGCUCUGUUGAUUUUGUAUUGAUUACUUAUCAUAUUUAUACUCGUGAUAAUAAAUAUCUGGCUAUUUUCUGCAAAUGGCCCAAUAUACACUUGUCUUGGUGCUGCAUACCAAGAAGUGAAGGCGCUCUGAAAUGGAUCAUUUGUUUUCCCCUUUGUUUUCAAUUAAGACUCAAAUUUUUGUUAGCUGUUAAUAAACUUGCACAGACUUAUACUCUGUAAACUUGGACUGAACUGAACCUUUUGUUACGUCGCAGAGCCUCAAUGAUCUCGAUGAUCUCGUGGCUUUUGACAGCAGAAGAUCUGCAUUGAAUCCUCUAUUUUUGACUAUUAU